AUGGUAUUUAUAACAAGCAAUAGAGCUUCUAAGAUUACACCAAAAAGUAGUAAUAAAAAUAACAGAGAUAUGAACGAUAGUUUUGUUAGGGACACUGUCGCUAAUACUUCGUUAACAGUGGCAACAGACGAUGGGAAUAAGAAAACUAUUAAACCACACCUUAAAAUAGGUAAUAGCAGGCAAUGGUUUGAACAAGAUGAAAAAAGAGACACAGCAUUAUUAGCUAUAUUUCAAAAACAAUUAAAUAAUAGGAAUAGGAUUAUUUAUAGAGACGCUUUGAAAGAAAUGAUUGAUCAUUUUGACUAUCCAUUUAAAGACCAAUGUACUAUAUCGCAAAGAUGGAAGUAUCUCAGUCAGAAAAAUAAAAAGACGCACUUAAGCAUAUCUAAUGUUAGUAACGUCGCCCUUGUUGGUAACUAUAAUAUUAACAAAGAGAUCUUAGAAGGGGAAAUUUCUACCUCCUCGACAGAAAACGAACAAGAAGGAAUUACAGAAAGUAACGGUACACAAUAUAGGAAGAAGAGAUAUAGAAAGAAUGGGAAUAAUGAGAACAACAAAAACAAUAGAGACAUCAGUGUUUUUUCUAAUACAUUGAUUAAGUCAAAGCCUCGUACAGAUAAUAUUGGAGAGCCACCACUUCCUUUACGUCCACCUAACAAAAAACAUGGAUCAUCUGAAUUGAAUAGCGUAGAAACUUGCGGUAGACAAGGUACCAAUCUUGACUGUCCAACCUCUGUUAGCACUGCCACUAAUAUUAUCUAUAAUAACAACGUCAACUCUGAUGUUUUCACUGCUCCCACUACACCUGAGAGCAUUACAAAUAAUUAUAGAGAAGACACGCGUGAUAUUCCUGCUAGUAAAAGAAGAAAACUUCAAGAUACAGUAUUUUUGAACAACAACAACAACAAUCAUGAAGCUGCACAAAGCCAUAAUGAUGAUUCAGAUACGGAUGACAAAAAUGACGGUUAUGGUGCUUUUGAUCGUGAUCUUGCCAUAUCUUUUCUAAACAAUUCUGACGUAAAACGUUAUUUUGGCUGUUUAGUUGGUGAGAUAGUUGAAGAAAAGUUUAAUAAAAUGUUUGAAGAAUUAGACGAACGUAUUAUUGUUUUGUUUAACAAAGUUUUAAAAUCAGAAAAAUCGUUACAUAAGAAAAUCGAUGAUUUAAAUUGUAAUGUUGAAAGUAAAUUUGGAGUUGAUUGUUAA